AUGUCUCAGUUAAAGUCACCUCAGCUUGAAACUGUUGCAGAAGCAAUUGUAGAAGAAUAUCCAACUGAUUUUACAGAAGAACUUGUGUCUGAAUUUCGAUCUUUUGUCAACGAAUUCAGAAAGGAAAUCGCAGAGCGACAAUCUGUUACGGAUGUAAUUCGUUUAAUGCUUGAAAGCCGCGUCAGUUCCUCUUUCUCGCAAGUGUAUAAACUCCUCAUCCUAUUUGCAACGAUCCCUGUUACAGUUGCAACAGCAGAACGCUCUUUCUCUAAACUGAAGCUGAUAGAGACAUAUCUCAGGUUUAAAAUAUCCCAAGAAAGGCUUUCAGGUUUAGCGAUACUUUCCAUCGAAAAUAAAGAAGCGAAAGUUGUUGACAAGAACGAGCUGAUCCACCGAUUCGCCAAUGCAAAUGCGAGAAGGAAGGAAUAA